GCAAAAAAUUGCCAAUAUUGCAAUAUGUACUUGUGAACAUUCCUCAACUCACCAAAAGAAAAGAAAGCAAAAAACGUAGAAAGAACAGGGAAAAGGAAAAAAAAAACAAGCAGAGGUUUAAAAAUGGCGUAUGAACUGUUAAUUUAAGCUGAUCUCGACCAAAUGAGCAAAAAUGUACAGGUGAACUAAAUAUAUACCGCUACCAUUCAAGAUUUGGUUUGGUCCAAUUUAUAUUUUAAAUCCAACUGAACUGCAAUUCUAUAUGUUAGCAUAUAAUAAUUAAUUUGCACAAAUUACAUGAAUAUUAUUGUAUUUAUAUAUACUUACCUUCUCGUAUACGUUGUUCUGAGAGUAUCCACGAAUAAAAGAGCAUACACAAUAUUCAAGACCGAUUCACCAAUAGAGAGAGGUUGAGAUAUGGCUUUAGAGGAGCUUUCUGCUUUCUAAAGUAACUGUUUAAUCAUCCCAAGUCAAUUUAGAAUAGAUGAUUUCAGUGAUAGUCUCAAUGCUGUAUGCUACUGCUUCCUUGGCUGCCACAGAAAAUGAAUUUUGCUUUUGGUGCUCUCUUCCUGUUUUAUGCAGCAUUGAUUUCUUUUAAUCCCCAACCUUCCACACUCAAAGAUCAAUGGAGGUCAAGGGAAAAUUCGUGUAAAGCAUUUGGAGGAUCUUCCAAUGGAACAGCAUGUUUCAGUGGCGAACCUGUUUCGUUUAACAUCACAGAAACUCUUCAACCUGAAGAGGGUCUAUGCCUUGAGAGACUAGAAAAUAGAGCUUAUCUUAACAUGGUUCCACAUCCUGAUGGCUCUGACCGAGUAUUCUUGGCCAACCAACAAGGUGUUGUAUGGUUAGUAACUGUUCCUGAUGAAGACUCUAACAAGAUUUUGGAAUUAGAUGAAUCCAAGCCUUUUCUGAAUAUAAGUAAUCAAGUAGUCCAUGAUACCGAGACUGGCUUAAUGGGAAUGGCAUUUCAUCCAAACUUUGCACGCAACGGCCGUUUGUUUCUCUCCUUUAAUUGUGACAAGACUAAACAGCUUGAAUGUUCUGGGAGAUGUUCAUGUAACACAGAUGUGAAUUGUGAUCCCUCAAAGCUUAGCUCAGAUAGCGGAGUCUGGCCAUGCCAGUAUCAUAGUGUUAUAGCAGAGUUCAGUGCCAACAGUACUGCAUUGGAAACUUCCUUUGAAAGAAGUGCAGAUCCAUCUGAAGUGAGAAGGAUAUUCACUAUAGGCCUUCCAUCUAAAAGUGGUCAUGCAGGACAGAUUCUUUUUGGACCUACUGAUGGAUAUCUCUAUGUUAUGAUGGGAGAUGGUUCGCGCCAAGAUGAUCCUUACAAUUUUUCUCAAAAUAAAAAAUCCUUGCUUGGAAAGAUCAUGAGGCUUGAUAUAGAUCAUAUACCAAGUGCUACAGAAAUACAUCAUCGAGGUUUUUGGGGAAAUUAUUCCAUUCCAAGAGAUAAUCCAUACACUGACGACAAGGAAUUAGCUCCUGAAAUUUGGGCACUGGGUUUUAGAAAUCCUUGGCGCUGUAGCUUCGAUUCAGAAAGGGCAUCAUACUUUCUCUGUGGAGAUUGUGGACAGGUUUGGAGAAUAUCAUGCUACCAUUAUAACAUACUUUUCCUUGCAGUUUAUGGUUUCAUCUUACAGGAUCAAUAUGAAGAGGUUGAUAAAGUCAUAAAAGGUGGUAACUAUGGAUGGCAUGUAUAUGAAGGUCCAUUUCUUUUACAUCCAGCUUCUUCCCCUGAAGGGAAUGCCUCUACCAGUUCCAUAAAUUCCAUCUUUCCUGUAAUGGGUUACAGUCAUGACGAGACUCAUAAGCUCAUUGGUUCUGCUUCCAUAACAGGCGGCUAUUUUUAUCGGUCCACGACUGAUCCAUGCCUGUAUGGAAGGUACCUUUACAUGGACCUAUAUGCAGGAGUUAUAUGGGCAGGCACUGAGAACCCUGAAAACAGCGGGAACUUCAUCACUACAAAAAUUUCGUACAGAUGUGCUCAUGAAUCCCCGAUUCAAUGUAGUUUUGCGGAAGGAAAUUCUCUGCCUGAAAUAGGAUAUGUGUUCUCAUUAGCAGAAGAUAACAAAAAGGAUAUAUAUGUUCUAACAAGCACAGGUGUGUACAGAAUAGCAAGACCAAGCCGCUGCAAUUAUACAUGCUCCAAGGAAAUUAGAGCUGCUUCUGUGAUUUCAAGAACACAUUCUUCUUCCGUUAUAUCUGGACAUCUGUCAAAGAGAUGCAGAGCUCUCAGUUUGUUUCUGAUCUCCUUUAUUAGUUUUAUGUUGCUUGUUAUCUUGUAAACCGUUAUUUCCAAGAAGAAUUUAGCUAUUUUUCGUCUUGUAUUAUAGUUGCUUAAAAAGAAGUAACACGUAACUCCUGUAUAUGUCUUCUUUUAUUUCCUUAUGUUGUUUCAGGUAUUUGCUGAAGUAGUGUUUUUUUAUUUCUUUCUCUCUUCCUAAUACACGUUUGCAAGAACUUGUGCCACAUAUCUCAUUUUCCAGCAUUCUGUAAGGUUGGAAUUGAAGUAAAAAUUAUGAUAACAAUAAUUAUAUGCAUGCAGGAUGAAUAGGGUGCAAUUAUAUGACCCACAGUUUCAGGUUGCUAUUGAAUUUAAAUACAUAAAUAUUUUGCCAAGAUGGUAUUGACAAGUCAAUUUCCGCACACAGUAGAAGUCCCCA